ACACCGCCAUGAAGAAGAAGGUGCUGCUGAUGGGCAAGAGCGGCUCGGGCAAGACCAGCAUGCGCUCCAUCAUCUUCGCCAACUACAUCGCGCGCGACACCCGGCGCCUGGGGGCCACCAUCGAUGUGGAGCACUCCCACGUCCGCUUCCUGGGCAACCUGGUGCUGAACCUGUGGGACUGCGGCGGCCAGGACACCUUCAUGGAGAACUACUUCACCAGCCAGCGCGACAACAUCUUCCGCAACGUGGAGGUGCUCAUCUACGUGUUCGACGUGGAGAGCCGCGAGCUGGAGAAGGACAUGCACUACUACCAGUCGUGCCUGGAGGCCAUCCUGCAGAACUCGCCCGACGCCAAGAUCUUCUGCCUGGUGCACAAGAUGGACCUGGUGCAGGAGGACCAGCGCGACCUCAUCUUCAAGGAGCGCGAGGAAGACCUGCGGCGCCUGUCGCGCCCGCUCGAGUGCGCGUGCUUCCGGACGUCCAUCUGGGACGAGACGCUCUACAAGGCCUGGUCCAGCAUCGUCUACCAGCUGAUCCCCAACGUCCAGCAGCUGGAGAUGAACCUCCGGAACUUCGCGCAGAUCAUCGAGGCCGACGAGGUGCUGCUGUUCGAGAGGGCCACGUUCCUGGUCAUCUCCCACUACCAGUGCCGGGAGCAGCGGGACGUCCACCGCUUCGAGAAGAUCAGCAACAUCAUCAAGCAGUUCAAGCUGAGCUGCAGCAAGCUGGCCGCCUCCUUCCAGAGCAUGGAGGUCAGGAAUUCCAACUUCGCCGCCUUCAUCGACAUCUUCACCUCCAACACGUACGUGAUGGUGGUGAUGUCGGAUCCGUCCAUCCCCUCCGCGGCGACUCUGAUCAACAUUCGCAAUGCCAGGAAACACUUUGAGAAGCUGGAGAGAGUGGACGGCCCCAAGCACAGCCUGCUCAUGCGCUGAAGACUGCCGCCGCUCUCCGGGAAGUGCUGAAUUGCCGCCUUUCGCAUCCCUUAUUUCUGAGACCCGUAACGUCGUGUGCUUCAAAGUGGGCUUCGAGGUGUGUGCUGCUUACUACUUUGGUCCCUUUCUUCCCUGCUCCCCAGUCACUCAACUCUGGACGCUAUUUACUCGGCUACCCAGUAGAGCUUCAAGGUGGCCCUUCUGAAAAGUUGCUACGGUGUAACACUAAAGUAGGUGGUUUGUGUGUGUUCCGAUUUCCUGGUUAUGAUAGAUACGGCAUCAAAGCCUUUACCAAUAUCUUCCUGUAUUCCUUAUAAGAUUGCAAAGAUGGAAUGUCACUAUUUUAUCAGCAAGGUAUUAAAAUGCAUUUAUAAAUUCUUGGCUUCAUUCAUGAAUAAAUAUGUUAGCAAUUUGAAA